AUGCCGAGCUUUGGCAAGAAGAGCGGAGCCGGGGUAGCAGCAGCUGUUGGUGGUCGAAGAGAGUCUACCUACUCUUCUGGAGAUGACGCUCCACCUGUACCAGAGGUGCACCAAGAAGCACUCGCCUCAAACGGCUACACAAACGGGGCUGCCUCCCCACCGCGCUCUCCGGUGACCACUUCGCCUGCCCCUCCAAAGUCUGGUCGCCGCACAACGUGGAACAAGUCUGCACCCAAGUCUUUCGCCGAAGCAGCUCCCGCUCUGGAUGCUCAGGCCACUUCUCGCAUCGACAGCAUCCUGAGUCACAAGCCUUCAGGUGGCGACUUGCACAAGAAGGACACGAGCGAUGGAAGUCAGCAACAAGGCUACCUGAGCUCGGCUGUUGGAGCUGCCACAGGCGCCGCGGUCGGAGCAGGUGCAGCCGUCGCUGCAGGUGCAACUGCUGUUGCGAGCAAGGUUCUGGGCACUGAGAACGGCACGCCAGAGUCUAAACAGAAACAGCAGGCUAAUGGCUACGACGAUUCCGAUGACGAGUCUGACGAAUUUCACGACGCUGAGCUAGCGGACAUCGAAGAGCACGAAGAGGAGGAGGAUCACCACACCCGCAAGCAGUCGCAUCGACAGGGCAUGCACCGCGGCCUCUCUGAAGCUGCUCUCGGUGGCGCGAGUGCAGCAAGCAGCACGUAUGGUGGACCACGCUCCGGCUCGCCCGAGACGACAACUGCUUCGCUCGCUCCUUCGUCUCUACGCGGAACUUCUGGUGCCAAGCGACGCAGUGGCAGCGUGCCGGUCGGCGGCGACGAGACUUCGACGCCCGCAGAUGUCAAAGCAAAGAAGGAGACGCCUCUGUAUGUGCGCGAGAAGGCCGCUCGCGUGCAGCGCCUCACCUUUGACGACGUUGCUCUGGAGGAAGACGAGAUGGAGGACGACAUCAAAGUCGCGAGGCACGCUCUCAAUCUCUUCUUGAACUCGCGCAUGAUUGAAGCAGAGGAAAUUAUGAAGAAGCACAGCGAUCGCAAACUCUAUUAUGCCCUGGGAGAUGCUCUCAUUGCGGUGAUCAAGGGUAUCAUGACUUUCGAGCCGGAAGACUUGGGCAAGGCAAUCUCCUACUGCAAGGACACUCUAGUCAUUGCCAACAUGCUCCGCAAGCCUUCCAGCACCGUUGCAAACUUUGGUCGUUUCGUGCGCGGCACAGGUCAAAGCGCCAGUACCAUGGCAGGAAUGUCCAAGGUGCAGAGACACGCCGAGCUAGUCUACGCUGAGAGCUUGCUGCUCAAGGCAGUCAUGGGCAUUCUGUACUCGGGAGACUUCUUUGCAUUCGUUUCCGAGGCACUCAACUUGCGCAAUGCGUACGGCAUCUACCGCUCGUUGUCCAAGUACGUUGAGUGGGCAGAUGACAAAGCCUCUGGUUCCCGUGACAAGAGUGUCGACGAGGAUUUCCGCUCUGGAGUAUACCUCGGUAACGGCUUGAUCAGCAUGAUUCUCGGCCUCCUUCCCGGCAAAGUGCUGAAGAUCAUGGAAGUCUUUGGCUACACUGGCGACACUCAGUGGGCCCUCAAAACCCUGUCCCGAGCCGGUGGCUGGAGUCAAGACAAGCGCAAGACUGAGCCCGCCAUGCGCAUCGAAGAUGAAGGACUGCGUCGGCAAGUGUGCGACAUGGGUAUCCUCCUGUACCAUCUGGUCAUUUCGACCUUUAUUCCGGUCAACGGCACAGACAUCGAUUUUGCGGACAAGGUGCUGCACUACAACCUCGAUCGAUAUCCCCAGGGUGUCUUCUUCUUGUACUUCUCUGGACGUCUUUACUCGACUCAAUCCCUCGCCGAAAGGGCUGUGGUGCAGUUCGGUGCUGCGCGCGACGUGCAGAAGGAAUACGUUCAGCUGCAACACAUUUGCUACUGGGACAUGAGUCUUUGCCACAUGAGUCUGGCUCAAUGGGAAAAAGCCUACGAUUGCUUCACAGUCUUGCUGAAGGAGUCCAACUGGAGCAAGGCAGUGUACAACUACGGCCGCGCGGUGAAUCUGCUGCAAUGCGGCAAAGACGACAAGGCUGCAGCGGCCCUUUUCAGAACUGUUCCCGAUGCCAUGCAGCGCAUUGCGGGCAAAUCCAUCCCAAUGGAGAAGUACUGCGCACGCAAAGCCAAGAAGUUCAUCAAACAAAAGCGACUUUUGCUUCCUGCGGUGGAAUUUUCCUACAUCUAUCACUGUCUCACCAAUGCGCCACGCUACGCCCUCUUCGAUGAGCAGCUCAUCGAGAUCUCGGACGCACUCGCAGACCUGCGAGAUGUGGAGGAUCCCAGUCAGUACCACAGCGGAGCAGAUGAGUACUGGGACGAUUUUUGCCUUGCACACUUCCUGCGCGGCGUCGUGCUGCGUUACAUUGCCUACCCGGAGAAGCAUGCCCGCGUGGAUCCAGCAGAAUCGCCGAUUCCUAUCGCGGAGGCUGACAAGCAGUGCGAGAUCAGCUUGCGCAAGGUCAUCGAUGAAGGCCACAAGAUCUCUCUUGAUCACUACCUGGUGUACUUCGCACACUACGAGCUCGGCAGGCUGCACGCUUGCAGAGGACAGGUGGAUCAAGCCAGAGAUCAAUUCAAUCUGAUCAUGAAUGGCAAGAACCUCGAGGACAAGGGCCGCAAGGGCAAGUACUCGAUGCAGAACAUGUGCGUCCUGCGAUCAAAUGGAGCUCUGCAGACACUCGGAUGA